AUGUCUGGUAAAAGUGUCAAGAAAAAGGAACCGGCCAGCGCCGCCGUUCCAGAAACGUUUGACUUGGAGCAGCAGUUUAUUCUGCGACUGCCACAGGAAGCAGCUGCACAACUUCAUGAAGACCUCAAAGAGACUUCCAAUGUCCAACUGAAGGACAAGCUCAGUAUCGAGCUGGACCCAAACAUGAGACAUGGUUACGUGCGAUACGGUGGUGAUAUUUACUACGCCAAACUUGUAGAUCUUCCGUCUGUGAUUGAGUCGCUGAAAACGGUCGACAAGAAAACCUUUUACAAAACUGCAGACAUUUCUCAGAUGUUGUAUUGUAAAUCAGAGGAGGACUGGAUCAAAGAUGAGAAUGAUAGUCCCCGCAAGAAGGAUAAGGACAAGAAAUAUGCCUGGAACCAUGGAAUUACUCCAUCCCUAAAGAAUGUCAGAAAAAGGAGGUUUCGCAAGACACUGAAAAAGAAGUACAUGGACCAACCUGAGGUGGAAAAAGAAGUGAGAAGAUUAUUCAGAUAUGACUCUGAUGCCAUUGAUGUCAAGUUUGAAAUCAUUGUUGAUGAUGAAAAAUGUUUGUCAGAUUCUGGCAUGUCACAGACGUUGGACCCAUCAGCUUCAGCAUCAAACUCCCAAACCCACUUGGCCAGAAUGGAUACGGGCACAUCUCUGGAUGUUGCAUCUUUCUUCGGUGAGCUGAGUUCUUCAGAAGAAGAAGAUGACGAUGAGAAAGAUGUCAACAUAAUGGACAGUGGGGAGGAUGAUAUGUCAAGAGGACCAACAACACCAAGGGGUCGAAUGGCAGCCUUGGAUAGGGCUGUCUCCGACAGUCAGGAAGUUGGCAUGACGGACAACGAGACAGCUGAACUGCAGGAGAAGCUGAAGGAGCUGGUCAAGCAGCUGGAUGAAAUCAGGGAAAGGAGAUCACAAGAGGAGGACCAGGUUGCCACUCAGGAGGAUGACAUGCUCAAAAGUGUAAUGCAAGAGAGAUUGAACAAAAUAGUUCAGGAGGAAAAUGAAAAAGAACGAGAGUUGGAAAUUUUGUCAGCCAUGUUAAACCAGUGA